CCAUGGGCCCCAGCACAACUUUGGCCUGCGAUUAAUGGGCUCCCAUCAUUCCGAUUUCAGCCUCAUUGGUCUCUAGUGCGGAUCCCGGCUCCACUGCCCGUGUGCCGCUUUGCUCGAACCCAGCCGGGUCCGUCUGUCUGCGGGGGGUACUACGGGUCGUCGCCCCGCCCCGGCCUAGGGCCCCGUCCGACUCACCUCCCACGCUCCGCCCGCUCAGCCGCAUUCGCCCAUAUCGUCAUGUUGAAGGACAAGAACGCCUUGAGCUUUGAGGACAAAUGGCCGCAGAUGCGUCCGACGCUGUUGAAGCUCCUGCGGCAGAUGAGCGUGUCUCGGAGUGAAUGGCAGGACCUGUUUUGGUUGGUCCACUCGGUGUGUCUGUGGGACGAGAAAGGCGCGCCCAAAGUCUACGCCGCCCUCAGAGAGGACAUCUUGGACUUCAUCAAACAGGCCCAGGAGCGAGUGUUGUCGCAUCAGGAGGACCAGGCCCUCUUAAAGGCCUACAUCGCGGAAUGGCGGAAGUUCUUCACGCAAUGCAGCUACUUGCCCAAGCCUUUUGGUCAGUUGGAGACGGCCCUCCAGGGCAAAACCACCACCAGUCUACAAAAGGGCAAACCCACCGAGGACAACAGCGUGGUGCGCAAGCUCAUGCUCGAUUCCUGGAAUCAGAGCAUCUUCUCCAACAUCAAAGAACGCCUCCAAAGCUCGGCCAUGAAGCUCGUGCACAACGAGCGCAAUGGUGAAGCCUUUGACUCGCAAUUGGUGAUCGGCGUACGCGAAUCCUACGUCAAUCUCUCGUCCAAUGCCGAGGACAAGCUCCAGAUCUAUCGGGAGAACUUUGAGCGCGCCUACAUCGAUGCCACCGAGCAGUUCUACAAUCUCAAAGCCCCCGAGCAUCUACUCGAACACGGCGUCCAGGACUAUAUGAGGUAUGCCGAUGCCAAAUUACGCGAGGAAGAGCAACGCGCCCAAAAGUACCUCGAGUCGAGCUCGGGCUCGGUUCAGAAUCUAGUCAAGUCCUGUGUCGAUGUGCUCGUCACCUCAAACAAGGAAACCAUCCUGGCCGAGUGCGCCGGCAUGAUCAAGACCAACGAGACGGACAAACUUCAGCUCCUGUUCAAGCUCAUGGAUCGUGUGCCCGAUUCCGGGAUCUUGCCCAUGCUCCACGACCUCGAGGAUCACAUCUACCAGACGGGCAUCGCCGAUAUGAUCGAAUCGGCGGAUGUGAUUACGCAAGACUGCGAAAAAUAUGUGGAGCGUUUGCUCGAGCUCUUCCGUCGAUUUAGUCUUCUCGUGCACGAUGCCUUCCACGAUGACCCGCGGUUCAUGACCUCACGAGACAUGGCCUUCAAACGGGUGGUCAACGACACGUCCGUGUUCCGGUUAGAGUUGCCCGGGCGUGGUCGAAUGUAUUCUCGCGUAGUGCCCGAAUCCAAGUGUCCCGAGCUGCUGGCUAAUUAUUGUGAUAUCCUUCUCCGAAAGAACCCGGUCAGCAAGAAGCUCACCUCGGACGAGAUCGAGGCUAAGCUGCGGGAAGUGUUGCUCGUGUUAAAGUACGUACAGAAUAAGGACGUGUUUAUGCGCUACGCCAAAGGUCAUCUCACACGUCGACUCAUCCUCGAGACCUCCGCCGACUCGGAAAUGGAGGAGAACAUGGUCGAGUGGCUCCGAGAGGUGGGCAUGCCAGCCGACUUCAUCAACAAACUCAGUCGAAUGUUCCAAGACGUCAAGGUGAGCGAGGACCUGAAUUCCCAAUUCAAAGACUACCUGUCCAUGAAUCUUGAAAAGCACAACCUCUCCGAUAUUAUCUCCAUCAAAAUCCUUAACCAAGGAGCUUGGGCCAAAAGCAACGAAAGGCAGCCCGUUUCCCUACCUCGAGAAUUAGAAGACUUUAUUCCGGAAGUGGAAGAAUUCUACAAGAGCAAGCAUUCAGGUCGGAAGUUGCAAUGGCAUCACCACAUGUCCAAUGGAACGAUCACGUUCGCGAACAACAUCGGGAAAUUCGAUCUCGAAGUCACCACCUUCCAAAUGGCCGUACUCUUCUGUUGGGAGAACCGUCGUCACGAUCGACUCACGUUAGAUAACCUCAAAUUGGCCACGGAGUUGCCGGACUCGGAAAUCCGUCGCACCCUCUGGGGUCUCGUGUCCAUGGCCAAAUUGAAACGGCAAAUCUUGAUGUACGAGCCUCAAGUGAGCAAGCCCAACGACUUCACGGACAACACGCAGUUCUGGAUCAACCACGAGUUCGCCAUGAUCAAGAACGGGAAAGUGCAGAAGCGCGGGAAAGUCAGUUUGAUUGGAAGGCUUCAGUUGUGCACGGACAAGGCCAAAGAGGAGGAGAACGAGGGCAUUAUGCAGCUAAGGAUCUUCCGUACGCAAGAGGCCAUCAUCAAGAUACUAAAGAUGAGGAAGCGCAUCAACAAUGCUCAGCUUCAGACGGAACUGGUGGACAUUCUUAAGAACAUGUUCCUACCGUCCAAGAAGAUGAUCAAGGAGCAAAUCGAGUGGCUCAUUGAGAACAAGUACAUGAAACGCGACGACGACAACAUUAAUACCUUCAUUUACAUGGCUUGAUCGAUUUUGCUACGUGCAUACAUUUUAGUAGUGGCAUCAACAUCAUUUUUUACGUUUACUACUUACUCACUCCAGGCCAAGAGCUGCAACGAGCGAAAACACAAUAAGUGUUAGGGUUACAUUCUGAAAAACUACAUCCCAUUAACCUAAUGAAAAUUUUCAAUGCGCAAACAACCAUGAACAUGAAUAAAAUGUAUUUUUUUUCCUCUGCCGAAAAA